AAUAGUAGUAGUUGAAUCAAAAUAUCUCCGGACGAAUACAUUAUGCUAACUUAAAGUCUGAAGACCAUUAAAGUACUGAGUAAAAGAAAAAAAAGAAGAGGAGAAGGAGAUGGAGUCUGGAAGUCUGAAAACCCCUCUGGUGAAUAAAGAAGAAGAAGAAGAAGAAGAAGUAAGAACCUCUUCUUCCAUCACUUCUGAUCUUCUUCUCAGUACCUCUGUCGCUGUCACUGGAUCCUUCGUUUAUGGCUGCGCUAUGUCAUAUUCGUCCCCUGCUCAAUCCGAUAUCAUGGAAGAACUGGGACUUUCCGUUACAGAUUAUUCAUUUUUCACUUCGAUAAUGACAUUCGGUGGAAUGAUUACGGCCGCGUUUAGUGGGAAAAUCGCUGCACUUAUUGGUCGUCGACAGACAAUGUGGAUCUCGGAUGUUUUCUGCCUCUUUGGUUGGCUCGCUAUAGCGUUUGCACAGGAUAAAAUGCUGCUAAAUAUUGGACGCGGCUUCUUGGGAUUUGGUGUUGGUCUCAUUAGUUAUGUGGUGCCUGUGUAUAUAGCAGAAAUUACACCUCAAAAAAUUCGCGGAGGAUUCUCUUUUUCCAAUCAAUUGCUACAAAGUUUUGGGAUUUCACUCAUGUUCCUCAUCGGGAACUUUUUCCAUUGGCGAAUAUUAGCUCUUUUAAGUGCAGUCCCAUGUGGUAUCCAAAUGAUAUGUUUAUUUUUAAUUCCUGAAUCACCUAGAUGGCUGGCGAUGUAUGGUCGAGAUCGAGAGCUUGAAGUUACUUUGAAGAGAUUAAGGGGAGAAAAUAGUGAUCUUCUUGAAGAAGCAGCUGAAAUCAGAGAAACAGUGGAAACCUCUAGAAGAGAAUCUCAAAGUGGAGUAAAAGAUUUGUUCAAUAUGAAAAACGCACAUCCGUUGAUCAUUGGAUUGGGACUAAUGCUUUUGCAACAAUUUUGCGGGAGUUCCGCGAUAAGUGCUUAUGCAGCUCGUAUUUUUGUCACAGCCGGUUUUCCAAGCAACAUAGGAACAUCCAUCCUUGCUGUUAUCUUGGUACCGCAAUCUUUAAUUGUCAUGUUCGCCGUCGACCGAUGUGGACGCCGACCACUUCUGAUUAGCUCAUCUAUCGGUCUGUGCAUAUCUUCAUUUUUUAUUGGUCUUUCUUACUAUCUUCAGAAGCACGGUGAUUUUCAGGAGUUUUGUUCCCCUAUGUUAAUGGUCGGUUUAGUGGGUUAUGUCGUAUCCUUUGGCAUUGGUCUAGGUGGACUACCAUGGGUAAUCAUGUCUGAGGUGUUCCCAGUGAAUGUGAAAGUCACCGCUGGUAGCCUCGUAACAGUCUCUAACUGGUUUUUCAGUUGGAUUGUCAUUUUUAGUUUCAAUUUCAUGAUGCAAUGGAGUGCUUUCGGAAUAUAUUACAUAUUUUCUGGAGUUUCUCUAGUGUCAGCCAUAUUUGUAUGGACUCUAGUGCCUGAAACUAAAGGCAGGACACUCGAGGACAUUCAAACAUCAUUAGGCCAACAUUCAUAAAUUGAAGGCUGAAUGUUUUGUAUGCAUUUCAGAUAUAUAUUGCCACGGAUCAAAAUUUGAUUUUUUGCUUUUUUGGUAAUUUUACAAUAUAUGCUUUUAUCUUUAAACUACCAAUUUGAAUAUACGUGAUUUGUGUGUA